CUCUUUCCCGGCAGCCGCGCCUGCGUGGGACUUUUUGACUUGGAACGUGCGCGCCGCGCUUUCGCUAUGGGCAAGAAGAAGGCAGAGCCAGAUCGUCCCAAGCAGCCGCGAGCGCCAUUUGUCUCCUCUCGUCAGUGGCGCCGAUUUCGUAAGUGCACGCUCUGGCUUCUGGUGCCGAUUUCGGCCGCCUUGGCGCUCACCUUCUUCGGGCCACCUCCUCCGCCCGAAGCGGAUGCGACCCGGCCCUAUGAGGCUCGCUCCUCCGGUUUCGUGCGACCUCCAGAGCCUCAGGACCUCGGCCCUCCGGACUCGUGGCUAAACCCGGCCGAGUGUCUGGCAUGGGCGGGCAGUGGGCAGUGCAAGUCCAACCCGGGCUUCAUGCUCAUCAACUGCAACCACAGCUGCGCCAAGCUCGACCUUGGCAAGCGGCAGUACGCCGCGCGCUGCCCGACACCUGCGAACCACACGGCCGCACUGCCGCCCGGCGUGAUGCACGCGACGUUUGAGCGCGUGAUGAGCGAGUUUGCGGAGCUGCAGCCGGAGCGCAUCUCGGUGGACCCGCCGGUGAUCUUGUUCCACAAGUUCUUCUCGGAGGAGGAGACGGAGGCGUUCAUCCGGCACGGCCGGGGGCGAUACGCCAAACGCGUCGCCGACAUCACGCAGACCCCGACGACAAACGCCGAGUUUGCGCAGCUGGUCUACUACCACGCGUGCGCCAGGGAGGGCGAGCCGGACUGCGCCUUUUACCGGCGGCACAACGACUACAUCGACGGCAGCUGCCCGACCGGCAGCCGGGACCAGAACAGUGCUGUGGAUGCAGGAGGCGAGAGCUGCUACAUGAACGACGUGCCCGGCGGCGGCGCGACCACCUUCCCCAACCUGCCCUCCGGCCCCGUCACCUUCCUGCCCCAGCGCGGCAAGGCUGUUCUCUGGCCGUCGGCUCUGCCCGUCACAAAGGGAGAGAAGUUUGGCGCCAACUUUUGGAUUCACCAGUACGACUUCAAGACGCCGUACGCAAAGGGCUGCACAGCGAGCUGA